UGGAGGCGCUCCGAACGUCGGCGGCUGCCGGGUGACAUGGUUACAUGUCAGAAAGUAACACUUGAUCAUGGAACAUGGAAUGAGGCGAAAGCGACCGGAUCCGCUGCAGCAGCAUCAGCCACAACCGCCUGGAGAGUCUCCGGUGCAAUGAAUCCCGCCGUGGCCAGAUUCUGCCUGCAAGAGGAAGGACCCGCUGGUGAUUUUCUUGGCUGCUGUUAGCAAGUGACUUUGGGUUGGCCCAGUUCCUUAGGCAGGAGACAGGAUGGAGAAGUUGGCCUGGCUGGGGUACUGAACAACUUGUGUCCCCCCCACCCUGCCGUGUCUGGACUGCUUACGCCUGUGAAACUCACAAUGACAGGAUCUGGCUCCAAUGCUUCCUGCAACCCACACCCCAAAGGAGAGAAGGGAGGCCGGUCAAGGAGCACACAUGCUCGGCACAUCAGUACAGCCAACAAUGGGGGGUCGGAAGAGGAAGACAAAGAUGGAGGGGUGGUUUUCCUUGUCAACAAAAGUGGCUUUCCUCUUGAUGGGCAAACCUGGGAAAGAAUGUGGGGGCACGUGGCAAGAGUGCACCCCGCAGGCAGAGAGAUGGUGGUGACCAUAAGGAAUGCAGACUGCCUUCCAAGACCUUCAGUGCCAGCCAUGCCAAACUACAAGGCUUCCAUGACUAUCCCAGAAUGGCUUCAGGCAAUACAGAAUUACAUGAAGAUGCUGCAAUAUAAUCACACAGGAACUCAGUUCUUUGAAAUUAGAAAAUCAAGACCGUUAAGUGGGUUGAUGGAAACAGCAAGAGAAAUGACGAGGGAAUCUUUACCUAUCAAAUGCCUUGAAGCAGUUAUCUUGGGAAUAUACUUAACCAAUGGGCAGCCUUCUGUGGAACGAUUCCCCAUCAGCUUUAAAUCCCAUUUCUCAGGGAACAAUUUUCAUCAUGUGGUGCUUGGAAUUUAUUGCAAUGGCCGAUAUGGAUCACUGGGCAUGAGCAGAAGGUCUGAAUUGAUGGACAAGCCUUUGAUUUACCGAACUCUGAGUGACCUCAUCUUUGAAUUUGAAGACUCCUAUAAAAAGCACUUGCACUCAGUAAAAAAAGUAAAAAUUGGAUUGUAUGUCCCUCAUGAUCUGCACAGUUUUCAGCCCAUUGAGUGGAAGCAGUUGGUGCUCAACGUGUCAAAGAUGAUGCGCUCAGAGAUCAGGAAGGAGUUGGAGAAAUACGCCAGGGAUAUGCGAAUGAAGAUUUUGAAACCCGCAAGUGCCCAUUCUCCAGUCAAGCAGAGAUCACGAGGGAAGUCCCUAUCACCUCGAAGGAGACAAGCCAGUCCUCAGAGACGUGCGUGCAGAAGAGACAAAUCGGUGCAGCCGCUUGAAGUUCCAUCUCUAACAUGGCCAGCUAUAGUGGAUAAGAAGGUGGGUGACUUCUCAACACUGAAUGAAGUAGGCUACCAGCUACGCAUUUGACAGAAACAGAGGCCAAACAAGAUGGCUUCCAGGGUGCUUCUUACCGCACUUUACUCUGUGAUCUGUGGACAUGAAUGAGGGAGGGAAGGGGUUGCAACUAUUUAUGAUAGAUGUAAGGAUUUUAUUUAAGUUUUUGACUAGAAACUAGGAAUCCUAGAAGUUGAUGGUGAUAUUACUAUUAUUAUUUUUUAAAUCCAUGAAGUGGAAUCAAGAAAAAGGGAAAUUAAAAAUUCUCUUCACCUCUGAUAAUGUUAUUAAUUUCUAUCCAGUUAAAAGGGGGUGGUAAUGUGGUGUGGCUUGGUUUUGUUUGGGUUGAAAUCAUUGUUUCUAUAAAUGGCUAUUUGUCAUUGGCUUAGAACAUUGUGUAAUGUCUGUAGGAUUUAGGAAUGGCGACAAUGAAAGUAUAUGCCUCAGUAUUGUUCAAAAAGUGCUGGGAGGGGGGCAGCAGGUUGCAAGUCAAUGGCACAGUAUGAAGGGAACUUCUUUCGUGAAAAUCCCAUUAGAAAUUAAUGGAAUUUGCAAAAGUCCUGUUCAUUUCAAGGGCAAUUAACAAGAGAUAUGUAGCUAGCAGGCUGUGUCUCGAGUCCCUUAUUAAUGUGACAUUCAGCAAUAAAAAGGCAGUUGAGGUUGUGUGCGUUUUUUUCAAAGCAUAAGUAUUACCUCAAGAAUCUUUACAAUAGAUAUGCAAAACUGACAGUAUUUUAAUUUUGUAAUGAAUUUGUACUGUGCUCCCUGCUUUUCUGAUAGCAGAGGCUUACCUGCACCCUCUCUGACCCACCCAUUCCGCCUUACUAUUCUAUGUGCACGUGUAUGAAGAAACUGAAGGUGUAUUAUAUGCAAGUGUUUUCUUAAAAGCACUGACAUGUUUAUGUUAGAGAUACAGUGAACUGUCCACUAAAAAAAAGUAAUUAACUGACUAUGCUUUUCUUUCUUAUCACUAGUUUUUAAAAUAAUUUGUCACAGGCUUUUAACCUUUACAGGUUACAGUUUUUAAGCACAAGUGGAACAGUCCAAUAGCUCCAAUGUGUGUAUGUGAGUUCUCGUUCAUAUGGAGCUCUACGCAUUCAACUGCUGCCUCAUUAUCUUUUCUGAGUUGAGGAGUGUUCUGCAUAAGCAAUGGGAAUUCCCCAUUAUGCCUGUGGGACAUUCUCCAAUGUAGAAAAAAUAGGGACCUCUACAUGUACAUUUUAAUAUAUGUGUGGUGACACUUUGGAUCAGAGACCAUUGUUUUGUACAGAUAAACACUGUAAUAAUAGUCAAAUCGUGUGCAUUGAACGUUCUUACAAAUAAUGUCAGAAUCUAUGGGCUUCCCUAAAGAAUGUACUUUUCUUCCUGUGUUUAUAUGCCUGUAUUUUUUUUAAUGCGUUCGAAAGGAUUGAUACUCCAAAGUGAAGAUGUCUUGUCAUCUUAUAUUAAGAUCAGACAUUCUGCAUGAAAUGAUGGCUAAUGUGUUUGGAGAAGUGGCCCUUUAUGUGGAUUAUGGUCAAAUAAGAAUAAAUAAAAGGGUUACUCCUUAGUUAAGGAAGCAUAUCUGAAAACACAGCAAUAAAACCUCACUUUUGUAGAAGAGAAGUAGCCUGCUCAGUAGUUUGGGGGACAGUGGGCCACCAGAUUCCUGUAGCUUGAUGCUCCUGUAACACAACGGACUCUGAGCUACAUGCAACAAAGCAGUGUUACAUCUACCAUGGACCUCUUGGUUAGAGUAAUGGUCAGGUCUGUUGCUGUCUCCUCAGCACAGUGCAUGAAGCUGUGGGUCAGCAGAAGGGAGAACAGGGAAGGAGGGUUCGGGGGCCCUGUGGUGAAGAGGAGAGGCUUUAAAAAAUGCCCUUGUUUAGGAUAUGUAGGUAUGUUCUAUCAAAGUACAACUUCCUAUUGGAAACCUGAAGCGAGGAUAGGUCUUUAAAAAUAAAUAAAUGUUUUGCAACCACUGAAGGUUGACAUACAUGUCCCCUCCCAUCACAGUUAGUUAACCUGUGGUGAAAUCCAAGUAAUAGUUGGAUUGUUUAACCAUAAUAUACAUCUCUAAUAUAUCAGAAACAUUUUGAGCACAAUCCAUCAUUAACUUCUCUUACGCUAGUUAUUUUUGAAAUGAAUAGGAUUUGCGCAGGAAAAUUUAACACAGCAUUUUCUUCUUUUCUGAAAUUCCUUACGUAGCCUAAUAAAACUUUUCUAAGAUGGGUGGUUUAUUUUAUAUCCCGGCAUUGCUUUUUCCUUAUGUUCCUGUUCUGUUGCAACACAGACUUGCAACUUUUUAAAUCUUUAAAAAACAACUGUGAUUUCACUUUCCAGGUUUCUAUUUUGUUAUCAGUUUGUCAAAGUACUGUUCUGUUCUAGUUAAGAAACAUGCAUGCUUUUACUUUUCUCAUUUGUAUGUUCAUGUGCAGCAUGGAACUUUAAUAAAAUAUCUUGGAAGUCUUUUUUAA